GUUGCCGGAGUCAGAGUUGAAGGGUCGGCUUGAGAUUUGAUGCGUUGGAGCAAAGCAGAAUUCACCAGAAGCUGCACCGUCCUAACCUUGCAAUUGCAAAAAUAAAUAGAAAGCAACGACAAAACUAACCGGGACUUCACGCACAGAGAAAGCACUGAUAGGCAAAAAAGCCGUUUGAGUGAAGAUGAGUCUGCAGUGGACUGCCGUUGCUGCUUUUCUGUAUGGAGAGGUGUUUGCUGUUCUUUUGCUCUGCGUUCCCUUCAUCUCGCCAACCAGAUGGAAUCGAAUCUUCAAGUCUCGUCUGGUGAAGAUGGUCAUGGCUUAUGGCAACACCUACUUCGUUGUCCUUAUCGUAAUACUGGUCUUCCUGCUUAUGGAUGCGUGUCGUGAGGUGCGCAAAUACAGCGUCACUGAAAAGGUGGACCUAACCAACAACCCGGUGGCCGUGGAGCACAUUCACAUGAAGCUGUUCCGAGCUCAGAGGAACCUGUACAUCGCCGGCUUCGCCCUCCUGCUGUGGUUUUUGCUGAGGCGCCUGAUCACCCUGCUGUCUCAGCAGGCCACCAUGGUGGCUUCAAACGAGGCCUUCAGGAAACAGGCAGAGGGAGCGAGCGACGCGGCCAAGAAGUACAUGGAAGAGAACCAGAGGCUUCAGGAGAAGCUGAAAGAAGCCGGCAUCGAAGUACCGGAGGGUGGGAGGAAGGGACUGGAUGUGGAGGAAGAGAACAAGAAGCUGAAAGCAGAGCUCAAGAAACUGAAGGAAGAGUUUGAGAUAACCAAGAAAGCUCUGCAGACCUCGGAGAAUGACGUGAAAGCAAUCAAAAAGCAGGCGGAGAACUUGACCAAAGAGUACGACAGACUGCUGGAGGAACACAGCAAGCUUCAGGCUCAGGGGGACACACCAAGAGUUAAGAAAGACGACUGAACGGACUUGAUUUGGAUGUGGGGGUCCCACGAUCACUGUACCCC